AUGACUCCUGUGUGUGGGACAGAUGGUGUGACAUAUUCAUCAGAAUGCCAUCUAAGGAAGAGCGCAUGCCAGCAGAUGAAGUUUAUCAUGGUUGCGUUCGAAGGGAAGUGUGAUGCCUGCUUGAACGUUGAAUGUGGUUUCGGUCAAGAGUGCCGUGGAGGUAAAUGCCUUUGCUCCUAUCACUGUCCAUCAUCCCCACCUUCCACGGCUCGGGUUUGUGGUGAAGAUGGAGUACUUUACUUGUCGGAUUGCCAUCGUCAACUAGCAGCCUGCGAGCGAGGCUCACCUAUCCCUGUCAUGCCUCUGACAGGGUGUCACUCUGCUGGAGCUACAUUUAAUGGUUUGUUCCAUCUUCUUCGACUUCAUGCAAUAAUGGUAGAUCUAGGAGUGUUAGAUGCUUGCCAAUGCCAUAGUCUUGGCUCAUUCGGACCCAAUUGCGACUCGAACGGGAACUGCAGGUGCCGAGCUGGAGUUGGUGGAGCAAAAUGCGAUCAUUGCCUUCCUGGUUUCUGGGGUUUACAUCUCAUCGCCGCAGGAGCUCAGUCGUGCAAACGUUAG